UUAAAUAUAUUUCUUAGAACAACAAGUGAAGUUGAAUUCCUUAAAAAUAAAUAAAAUGGAACGAGAGCUUUUCCUAAUUUGCACAAUUUUAAUUUCAAUCAACUGGAUUUUUUGUGGAAGUCCAACAUUUAAUCCAGAAGAGCCAUCGCCAAGAUCAACAAACGAAAAUCUUUGUCCAUUGUGUGAAGAUGUUUAUGCAAAUAAUGUUCCACCAAGCAAGAAUGACAAUUGCGAUCCAGGAAGUUUAGAAAAAAUGUUCUCAAAGUCAACUACAAAUGAUACUGUUGUAGUGAUUGGUGCAUGUAGUGGAACAAUUGUUUGGAAGGGAUUCCAAGGAUGGGCUGAUUUCCGAGUGUUCCCAUCAAAGCCACUGUUCUGAUCUAAUCUCUUUAAAAAUAUUCGUGAAGUGUAAAAUUACUAGAAUUUAAUAAAAAGUCGA